UAGAGUUUCUCUCUGCCUUUAAACGUUUCAUUGAAAACUAUAAGAAAAAGCGAAGACUUCGGAUCCUUUCUUUCUCAAUUUGUAACAAGAGAGAGAGGUUCAGGUUCGUUUUGGUGGUGACCACUCCUUUAUUCACCUACGGUGAGAUCGGCGGCGGAGUCUAGACGACGGCGAUAACGCCGGUGACCGACGGAAUCAUGUUAAGAUAGUCACUGGCGAAUUCGUUCUUCUUCCCCGGAGACGACAAGCAUCGAAGAAUCUGUUUAGAGACAGCUAUGCUUGUCUCUGUUUCUGCGUUUUCUCUUUCCGAUCUUGUCUCUCGGAUCCGGUGAAGAAGCUGCCGCCGAUCACAUCUUCCAGUUUCCAGAGAUUCUAAAGCUUUUGUCUUUUGAUCCUUCAUCGAAUUCAUUGAGAUUAUAAGAAGAUGAACUUUGAGUGAUUGCAGCUAUCGGGGAGUUUUGUGGUAUGCUGAAAAGAGAUGUCUUUGAAAAGCAUCCUUCGUGAUCUGAAGGAAGUGAGGGAUGGACUUGGAGGCAUCUCCAAGAGAAGCUGGUCAAAGUCGUCUCACAUUGCUCCUGAUCAAACAACUCCACCACUGGAUAACAUACCACAGAGCCCAUGGGCUUCUUUGCCGCCUGAGUUGCUUCAUGACAUUAUCUGGAGGGUUGAAGAGAGUGAGACAGCUUGGCCCGCUCGAGCUGCCGUUGUCUCUUGUGCUUCAGUAUGUAAAUCAUGGAGAGGAAUCACUAUGGAGAUUGUGAGGAUCCCUGAGCAGUGUGGGAAGCUCACUUUUCCAAUCUCAUUGAAACAGCCGGGGCCUCGAGACUCUCCAAUUCAAUGUUUUAUUAAGAGGAACAGAGCAACAGCUACAUACAUUCUCUAUUAUGGUUUGAUGCCUUCGGAGACUGAGAACGACAAACUGUUGUUAGCAGCAAGAAGGAUUAGAAGAGCGACAUGCACAGACUUUAUAAUCUCCCUAUCUGCAAAGAACUUCUCACGGAGCAGCAGUACUUAUGUUGGCAAAUUAAGGUCUGGUUUUCUGGGAACCAAGUUCACAAUAUAUGACAACCAAACAGCAUCAUCCACAGCACAAGCCCAACCUAACCGAAGACUCCACCCGAAACAAGCGGCUCCUAAACUACCUACGAAUAGCUCUACCGUAGGAAACAUAACCUACGAGCUCAAUGUUCUUCGCACAAGGGGACCUAGAAGAAUGCACUGCGCUAUGGAUUCUAUACCCCUCUCUUCUGUUAUUGCUGAACCGUCAGUAGUUCAAGGCAUAGAAGAGGAAGUCUCUUCCUCUCCUUCACCAAAAGGAGAAACCAUCACAACAGACAAAGAGAUUCCUGAUAAUUCUCCAAGCUUAAGGGACCAACCGCUAGUUCUCAAAAACAAAUCCCCAAGAUGGCAUGAGCAGUUGCAGUGCUGGUGCCUCAACUUCAAGGGAAGAGUGACUGUGGCUUCAGUUAAGAAUUUCCAGCUUGUUGCAGAGAUUGACGCUUCUUUGGAUGCGCCGCCUGAAGAACAUGAGAGGGUGAUCUUACAGUUUGGCAAAAUCGGUAAGGAUAUUUUCACCAUGGAUUAUCGCUACCCUCUAUCUGCUUUUCAAGCCUUUGCUAUAUGCAUUAGCAGCUUUGACACCAAACCGGCAUGUGAAGGGUAAACUUUAACCCACCGAGUUAAAUCCAUCUCUGCAAAUCAUCAUAGAAGGCUUUUCUUAUCUUUAGGUUUCAAUGUAUCAAUCCACGAAAAGCUCUUUGUAUGUAGAUUGUUGUAGCUCUUUUGAACUAUGCUUUAAAUCCGUAUCUCCAAAAUCACUGUGUCAAAUGUUUUAUGGAGGUCUUGGUUGAUAAGCUUACUGAAGUUAUGAUUGUUAUAUCCAAUGUAAUAUAUAAACAAAAGCCAUUGCACAACAACAAUAACUAAUCUGAUUAUAGACUCUUCAUGUGGUAUCA